GGUGCUCUCAGUAGCGACUUUCAAAGUUAUCAGCAUCGGCGAAAAAAUGCAGACCACCGCCACCACCACUUCCACUCCGCCUGCGAAACGGCUCAUAUUCGACCGCCGCUACGGUUGGGUGUUAGAUGAAUGGAAAGAGCCGUCCCAAGAAGCCUUAUCUGGUGGUCGUGGAAUGUUCUGCAUUCUGCCCCUAGGAAAAGCGUUACUUAAGAAGGCAUCAGAAUCGAUAAACUGUGUAGGGAGCUUUGCAUUGAAUGUCCUCGAAAAACCCGAUGUGCUCUCACCACAAGUCUUGAAAAGCACUCUCACUCACCAAAUGCAUAAGAUUGCAUCUUCAGUAAAGAAUUCAGAACCAGUUUUGAUUGCUCCGAAAACAAUAAACGACGAUACAGAAUCAACUUUUCAGUCAUCAGAUGUGACCGAACAAGACAGGAUGACAUAAGUCACAUAUAACGGUUCAUCUCAGCAAAUCGGACAGUGAAGCAGCAAAGCAUUUGGUUCAAUUUACGCAGCGGUUGCUGCCCUUAUUAUGGUAUAUUAUUAGCCCCCAUUACAUUAAACAUCGUACCAGUUGGAUUCUGCUACAAAUGAACUUCAUUGAAUUUAAUUGUUUGGGCAUGUUUAUGUAUGGUAA